AUGCUGUUGGGAGAUUUCAUACUUGAAAUUUAUGCAAAUAAAGUACCACUUCUCGAAUACUAUAUUCCCGAUUCGAAUCUUGGUCUUAGUAUUUCGAGCGUAUUAAAAUCUUAUGCCUAUAAUGAACUUGAGGAAAGAAAAGAAUAUUGCGAACAAACCUCAUUUGUUGCAGUUCCGGAGCCUGGAACAAGUUACGAAAUAAGAUUUGCGGCUCUUAACGCUAAUAGGUUUAAUUUAAUCGCGGCAAAGAUCUACGUAGAUGGCAAGAAUGAUGGUAAACAUUAUUAUACCUGGAAUGGUUCAACAUAUAUAGUUUCAGGAUUUUAUAAUAGUGAUUCUUCUAGAAAGCACAAUUUCAUUUUUGAUGCUACAUCUUGGGUUGAGGAGGACUUCUCUAGUUCUGAGUACAUGGAACAUGGAGGCCUUGGUGCUAUUUCUAUUUAUUUUUAUAAAGGCAGGCACGAAAAAAUUGAAGAACCAAUCGGAAGGCCGUUAACAUGGAUGUAUGAAUUAGAACAAACCAAAGUUCCUGAAGGAAAAACCUGUAUGGAUAUCGCUUAUACAACAAAAUUUGAUAAAGGAAAAAAAGUACUUUCAUCACAAAAGAAUAAAUCGACUAAUACGGUAGUAAUAGAAGAUGGGGAGCCUCUGGCUGUUCUUCAUCUCAAUUACCGACCAUUAGAUUGGAUAAUGAUGAAAAUCAAUCAAAAUUCGAGUCCAUUUGGAUUUUUGCCAAGUGAUUUAAGAUCGAACAAAAUUCGUGAAAGCGUUAAUAAACGUGAACGCGAAGAACCGAUUCCUCAGGAUCCUAAUGAUGAUGAUUCAGAUGAAGUUGUGGAGGUCUUUAUUGACAAAAAGCGUAAAAUUGAAGUAAUCGAUCUAAUUGAUUCUGAUGAUGAAUGA